AUGCCCGUCACCAAACCCAAGCUGGAGAAGCUCUCCACGCCGGUCACGGCUACUUUCCCGUCCGAGAUCGCCUCGGCCUCGACCGCUACACCGUUGUCAGCGAUCAAUUUUCCUUGCAAGCCUGACCCGGACUUCAUCAAGACGCCGAUCAGCCCGCCUUCAGCUUAUACCGACUUCCUCACCAAGGCAAUGUCUCUCAACUCACCAAUCGUGGCUUCCUCGGGCGAAACGACACCCGACUCUGCAUCUGGAGCCGACCCUAGCGAGAAGUCGGAAGGCUCUUCCAAGGCCGGCGACUCCUCCCCCAGUUCAACCGCAAGCAGCACCAAGCCAUCUCCUCCAACAUCGGCACCCGUGGUCCCCCCAAGCCCAUACACCUCAUCAGGUCCCAUGUCCGCUCCACCUGGUGCAGCGUCGUUCCCGAGCCUCAAAUUACCGCCGAGCCCCGCCAUCUCCAACUUCGACUCGCCACUCAGUGCGAGCACCGUCCGGUCACCUUUCAGUGCGCGCUCUGUGCAUUCUGUAUUUGACUGGGAAGCAGCCUUGAAGGCACGAUUUUCAGACUCAAAGAAGCACAAAUCUUCAAGGACCAGCGUGCGUCACAUUCGCGAAGUGGUAACACGGACGGUCACUUAUACGCCGAGAAUGGAACCAGCGCCCAGGGGGAAACGGCGGAAAGUCGAGUGA